AUGGUAAAUCAGAUUCUCUUUAAGACAUCAUAUGAGAAGUUACUUCAGCCAAUCAGAAAGUUUUCUAAAAGUAUAAAAGUAAAGCGGCUUGAGUCUUCAAUGGGUGAAACUUCAAAGAAAGACUGCAACCACUCCACAAACUCCCAGUGCGAGGCUUGUUGCGAGAAAAAUAAAGCCUGCGAGGCCAAGGAUAAAACAAAAGGUAGCGUUAAUGAGGCUAAAGAUAAAACAAAAGAAACUGUUCAGGAGACUAAAGACAAGACAAGGAAUGCAGCAGAAAACGUCAAGGAUAAGGUAGACAAUAAGGACAAGAACGAGGUAUACGAUAAUAUUAAGGAAAAGGGAAGCGAAGCAUGGGAUAAAACAAAAGAAGUCGCAAAGAAUAUGAAGGAGGGAUUUAAAGAUCUUGCCAACAACGAUAAGCAGAAGAAAUGA